AUGGCUGGAAGGUCAUCUCAGUUCAAAGGUCACUGCCGGUUCUCCUGGUCUCUGCACCAGGUCCUACUGUUGCUAUUCCUGCUUCCAACGCCACAAGCUCUCGCCCUGCCCGGGUACAGCACGGACUCGAAGCGGGAGAUCGUGGUGGAGGGGGAUCUGGUGAUGGGUGGGCUGUUCCCGGUGCACCAGAAAGGGGAAGCAGCCGAAGACUGCGGGAGAAUAAACGCCCAACGUGGGAUCCAGCGUCUGGAGGCCAUGCUGUUCGCUCUGGACGAGAUUAACCGUGACGACCGCGUUCUCCCGGGCGUAACACUCGGGGCCCACAUCCUGGACACCUGCUCUAAGGACACCUACGCUCUGGAGCAGUCGCUGGAGUUUGUGCGAGCCUCUCUCACUAAGGUUGACGAGAGCGAGUACACCUGCCCGGACGGAUCCUACGCCAUUCAUGACGACGUCCCUGUGGCCAUCUCUGGAGUGAUUGGUGGAUCCUACAGUGACGUCUCCAUACAGGUGGCCAACCUACUUCGGCUGUUCCAGAUCCCUCAGAUCAGCUACGCCUCUACCAGUGCCAAGCUCAGCGACAAAACCCGCUACGACUACUUUGCCAGGACCGUGCCCCCAGAUUUCUACCAGGCCAAAGCCAUGGCUGAGAUCCUCCGUUACUUCAACUGGACCUACGUGUCCACCGUGGCCUCGGAGGGCGACUACGGCGAGACGGGCAUCGACGCGUUCCAGCAGGAAGCCCGCGCCCUGCAAAUCUGCAUCGCCACGUCGGCCAAGGUCAGCAGAACCAUGGACCGUUAUAGUUACGAGGCGGUGAUCCGCUCCUUACUCCAGAAAUCAAACGCCAAAGUGGUGAUUCUCUUCACCCGAAGCGAAGAUGCCCGCGAGCUGCUUGUGGCCGCUGCCCGCAUGAACGUCACGUUCAUCUGGGUGGCCAGCGACGGCUGGGGGGCACAGGAGAGCGUGGUGAGGGGUAGCGAGUCAGUGGCAGACGGGGCCAUCACCAUUGAGCUGGCCUCAUACCCCGUCCUUGAGUUUGAGGAGUACUUCACCAACCUAAACCCAUACAACAACACGAGAAACCCUUGGUUCAGAGAGUUCUGGGAACAUCGAUUUCAGUGCAGCCUGCACGACCUCAGCUGCAGCAAGCACUCACUCCGCGACGGCAAGUUUGAGCAGGAGUCCAAGAUCAUGUUUGUGGUGAACGCAGUCUAUGCUAUGGCUAAUGCUUUACAUAGCAUGAGACAAGCGGUGUGUCCCAACACAACCAAAGUCUGCAAUGCCAUGAAGCCUGGAAACGGGAAGAAGUUCUACAAGGACCACAUUCUGAAGACCAGGUUUGAUGCUCCCUUCCGUCCAGCCGACACUGAGACCGUCGUGCGCUUUGAUGCUGUUGGAGACAGCCUGGGCCGAUACAACAUCUUCCACUACCACAAAGAGGACGGAAGGUACGUCUACCGCAAAGUGGGCUACUGGGCUCAGAGCCUGAGCCUAGACACCAGCCUGAUUCCCUGGGAGAACCAAGUGGUGCCGACGUCACAGUGCAGCGACCCCUGCAGGAAGAACGAGAUCAAGAGCAUGCAGCCCGGCGACGUCUGUUGCUGGAUCUGUAUUCCCUGUCAACCCUACCAGUACCUCCUCGACGAGUUCACCUGCGCGGACUGCAGCUUUGGUCAGUGGCCCCUUGCCAACCUGACGGGCUGUUACGAUCUACCUGAAGAGUACAUUCACUGGGAGGAUGCGUGGGCAGUCGGCCCCGUCACCAUCGCCUGUCUGGGUAUGUUAUGCACCCUCUUUGUCAUCGGCCUGUUCCUGAAGAACAACGACACGCCUGUCGUAAAGGCCAGCGGCCGUGAGCUCUCCUACAUCCUGUUGCUUGGAGUGCUUAUGUGUUACUGCAUAACUUUCAUCUACAUCGCCAAACCCUCCGCCGUGGUCUGUACCCUGCGUCGCCUUGGCCUGGGAACCUCCUUUGCUGUCUGUUACUCUGCGCUGCUGACCAAGACCAAUCGCAUCGCUCGUAUCUUUAACGGCGUGAAGGAUGGGGCGCAAAGACCCCGGUUCAUUAGCCCUGCUUCCCAGGUGGCCAUCUGUUCUGCUCUGAUCUCCUGCCAGCUGUUAGUGGUAGUUAUUUGGCUCCUGGUUGAGGCUCCAGGUGUUCGUAAGGAGGUCAGUCCCGAGAGGAGAGACGUGGUCACCUUAAAGUGUAACAGCAAGGACUCGAGCAUGUUGGUCUCCCUCACGUACAACUGCAUCCUCAUCAUCCUCUGCACCUUCUACGCCUUCAAGACCAGAAAGUGCCCGGAGAACUUUAACGAGGCCAAGUUCAUCGGCUUUACCAUGUACACCACCUGCAUUAUCUGGCUGGCGUUCCAGCCCAUCUUCUAUGUCACUGCCAGUGACUACAGGGUUCAGACCACCACCAUGUGCAUCUCAGUGAGUCUGAGCGGUUCGGUGGUUCUGGGCUGUCUCUUCGCUCCCAAGAUCCACAUCAUCCUGUUCCAACCCCAGAAAAACGUCACCACGCUGCGGGUUGCCACGACACGCUUCAGCGUCACAACAGGACACAUGUCCAGCCUCUCCCAGGCCUCGGCUUCCAACAUCGUUCCCACGGUGUGUAACGGCAGAGAAGUGGUAGACUCAACGACAUCCUCCUUGUAG